AUGAACAAAUCUUUGUUACUUUUCAUUGGUCUCUUGGCAACAACAUAUGCUGUUACAUUUGAUACAACAAUGCACUGUGCAUGUGAAGAAUUGAAUUAAACUGAAUGUGCUAAAUAAAUUGGAUAUUGUAAAUGGUCAACUGCUUGUGAAACAGUAGAAUAUACAGCUCAAUCUUGCUCAAAUGUGACUUAAGCCAACUGCACAGCCAAAUUAACAGGAUAUUAAUGUGCCUGGGAAAGCUCAUCAUGUGUUGAAAAAUCAUACUCAUGCGGAGAUUUCACAACAGCCGAUGACUGCCCCAGAUCAAUUGAUUGUUAUUGGAAUAAAUCAGGAAAAUGUGCUUCAUUUUCAACAUGUGGUGAUUAUGAUGAAACCAAUUGUCGUCGUUAUGGAUGUAAAUUCACUUCAGGUGCAUGCGCUUCAUUUACAUGCUCUUCAUACACCGCUGAAGCAGAUUGCAGUGGUUAAGAUUCAGAAACUACUCGUUGUGCAUGGACAACUGAUGGUAAAUGCUAAGCUUUGUCUUUGACCGCAACAUGCACUGACUUAAGUAACUAUAAAUCCAGAUGUGAAAGCAGUAGCAGCUGUAAAUAUGCCUCAAGUUCAUGCUCUUAUAAGACAUGCGCUGACAUCACAAAUGAAAACUAAUGUUAUGUUGUUAAAUCAAGCCAAACUGAAGUUACAUUAUGUGCUUGGAGUGGAACAGCUUGUGCUGAUGCAGCUGAUACAAGCAAAUUAACAUAAGAUAACUGCUUCGAAACAUCUUAGUAGAAUUACAGAUGGUCAACUGAUAGCAAAUGCGUUGAAUGCUCUGAUUUAGUUUCCGAUGAUCUUUCAAGCAACGCUGUUAUCUUAUCAGUUUUUGUUGCACUUGCCUUAAUUGCUUGA